AUGCAGGAGAAGGUCUUGGACGGGGCAGGCGAAGGGGGGGUCAUCCCGGUUGGGCAGGUGCGUCGCCUGCUGGAGUUGAUGGACCGCCGUGUAGGGGGGCUCGACGACGCGCUCGGCCACGCCCGACAGGACCACCGCGCGGCGCCGGAGGACAGCCGCGCCCGGACGGAGCUCCAGCUCGUCGUGCACUACCUCCUUUACGAGGUCGCGCAGUGCUCGAUGCAGCGGGCGCUCUUCCUGGCGGAGGUGCGGGGGCGGUGCUUCCGCGCGACGGAGCGCGCCCUGGCGUCGGCCUCCGUCGCCCCCAGCGAGGGGAAGGCGGGGGCCGGGGGAAAGGCCCAUCGCCUGGCGCGGACCCACAAGGGCGGGAUCACCCCCGCACAGUACGCCUCCCCGCUGGAGGUGGUGCGGCUCUACGAGACGGCGAUGGACGCGGUGGAGCAGAUGGAGAUUCUUCCCGGCGCGUCCGGGCGGGAGGACGUGGAGGAGAUGGCCGCAGUGUGUCGGGCGGGAAAGCUGCUUUACAUGGGCGAGGCUUUUCGCGUGACCGGCUCCGAGGCUAACGCGGCGACUUGUUAUCAUGAGGUGGUGGAGCUUUUAGCUCAGGCCAGCACCCCACACGCGAAGAAGCUCCGCGAGUUGGCUGAACGAAUCGAUUUGGAGAUGAAGGUGGACCGUAUUCUUGGGGAGUAUCAAUCCUCCUCGACCACCGCCGCGGCGGACACUCAAACGCAGCUCAAAGGCGCAAAUGGGCCGCACGUUUCGGCAGAAUACCUGACGGAGAUCCCCAACAACGAGAUUGUUGUGGCGAAGAAUGUGGUGCAAUUCCCACCGGAUUACCAGGCAGUAGCCUGCAAGCCAGUCUUUGUGGAUAUCGCUUCCACCUAUUUGGACUUUCCACGCGAUGACGAGGACUUGGAGUUGCCCGCGAGGAAACCCGACGCGGUCGAUUCUUCCCAUUCUCGAAAUGUGGGUGGCAUCAGCAAGGAUAAGGACGACGAAGCGAAGCCGGGGUCGAAGGGCAACAAAUGGCGUUGGAGGUGGGGUUGGUAA